UGGGGCAAGGAGGUGCGCGUGUGGCCACUCUGCUGCCCAGCCUAGUUUGGGAUGCCCAGGGUGCCUAGGCCUGGAAUGCUGUGCCCUUGGGGCUCGUCUCCAGGGCUGCCUCCCUGCCUCCUUCCCUCUGAAGGCUGCUCCAGUUUCUAUGCCCCCCCCCUUUUGUCUCUGUAUUCAUUGUUCACGGAGCCCGUAUUUAUCUGUACACGUGGCGUUGUCCCCUCCCUUUAGUGUCUGCCUCCCUGCACCUGGCAGGUAUCUGGCACUCAGGAAGCACUGAACAAAUAGCUGUUCAGUUUUUCCACGUGGCCCUUGGCAUCUCUCUCUGCCCAGUGAACAGGCAGUGAUCUGGCUCCAUGAGCUGUGUUUGAUCAGACGGCGCCGCCUCGGUUUACCUCCCGUUAGCCGGCUAUCAGCAAGCUGGUGCCUGCCUCCACUGUGGCUGACGUUUCCUCCAUCUUCCUUUGUAGUUAUUGAGUUUAGGGGAGGGGCCUCUGGGAGAAAACUGGUUGGGGGAGGGGGUAGGCAGGAGGAGGAUCUGGGCAUUUGUGCUGGCCGGAGGUGAGUUACAGAGGAUGCUUUGGUGUGUGCCUGCCUUUUCUGGAGUAUUCCUGCCCUAGCUUUGAAGGCAGUGGUUCCCCUUGGCAUCUGUCCAAAGCCAUGAGGCAGUGGCUGUCACAGGAAGCCACUAUGCACAGACUCCCUGACCAGCAAGCUCUGCUCUCCUCUCACGUGGCCACAUCUGUUUCUGGAGACGGCGUCAAGAGGACGGCUCAGGAGCUGAGUAUCGAGGAGCAGUCAGAAGGCGUGCAGGAUUUUUACCAGAAUGUAGCCGAGAGACUGCAGACUCGGGGGAAAGUGCCCCCAGAGAAGAUGGAGAAGGUGAUGGAUCAGAUCGAGAAGUACGUCAUGACGCGCCUGUACAAGUAUGUGUUUUGUCCAGAAACCACCGAUGACGAGAAGAAAGAUCUGGCCGUUCAGAAGCGGAUCAGAGCCUUGCACUGGGUUACUCCACAAAUGCUUUGUGUCCCUGUUAAUGAAGAAAUCCCAGAAGUCUCUGAUAUGGUAGUAAAAGCCAUUACAGACAUUAUUGAGAUGGAUUCCAAGCGUGUCCCCCGAGACAAGCUGGCCUGCAUCACCAAAUGCAGCAAACACAUCUUCAAUGCUAUUAAGAUCACCAAGAAUGAGCCAGCAUCCGCUGAUGACUUCCUACCUACCCUCAUCUAUAUUGUCCUGAAGGGCAACCCGCCACGCCUUCAGUCCAACAUCCAGUAUAUCACUCGUUUCUGUAAUCCCAGCCGAUUGAUGACUGGGGAGGAUGGCUACUACUUUACCAACUUGUGCUGUGCGGUGGCUUUCAUUGAGAAACUGGAUGCUCAGUCUUUGAAUUUAAGUCAGGAGGACUUUGACCGCUACAUGUCGGGCCAGACCUCUCCCAAGAAGCAGGAGUCUGAGCCCUGGGCUCCCGAUGCCUGCCUCGGGGUGAAACAGAUGUAUAAGAACUUAGAUCUCCUCUCUCAGCUGAAUGAGCGACAAGAAAGGCUCAUGAGCCAGGCCAAGAAGCUUGAAAAAGACCUCAUCGACUGGACUGAUGGAAUUGCCAAGGAGGUUCAGGAUAUUGUGGAGAAAUAUCCCCUGGACCUCAAGCCCCCUAGCCAACCUUUAGCAGCCAUUGACUCAGAGAAUGUCGAAAAUGACAAACUGCCCCCGCCCCUGCAGCCACAGGUCUAUGCAGGAUGAUGCCCCUUUACCCAGGAAGUGUUGGCUAGGACCUAGACCCGAGUUAGGCUGUACGACUCACUUCCUGCUGAUUGGAGGGCAGCGGAGAAGAAGGACAUACUUAGGGUUAAGGAAGUACAUUUUUAAGGUACAGUUGGGGGGGCAGGUUAAUGUGUAAUAAAUACUAUUUAUUUUAGUUAUUAAAGUAGGUUCUUAUGAGGCUUUUGUGUAUUUUUUUAACUGAACCUGCCUUUUCUACACAAAGCCAUUGUCAUUUUUAAGAAACACUAGCAUCGUUAACAGAUUUUUCUUACUGCUUCCUCCCAGGCAUGCACUAUGAUUUAGUUUUGGUUAAAUCAUUACUUUAAAUGUAAGAGGACUAGGGCAAGGUCACAUAUGUUCAAGAGAGAACCUAAUGGUACUACUGUGUCCCCAUGUUUGAGAUUAUUUUGUAAUUAUAAAGAUGGAAAAUA